GUUCGAUUCCUUGGAGUGUUUUCUUCAUUUGUAAUACAAAAACUCAUUUUUUCGAAUCGUUUUUCAUGUAGUUUCGUCCGGACGACAACGUUACAGAGUUAGGUUACCGAGUGUCAAAAGCAUAUACCCCUACCUUUGGUUUGACGUCAGCUGCGUCAGCUAAAAUUGCUGGAAUAAUAUAAAUAUAUAAAUGGCGAUUCAAUCAACUACAUAAGUGGAUAAACAUAUGUAGAUCAACAUUCAAUGAAUGAGCGAAAUCUCUACUGAGGUUAAUAAAUUAUUAAAAAUUGAGUAACAGUUGAUUAGUGUAGUGAUGAAAUCGAUCAACUGAGAAGAAUUUAUUGUGGAAUCCUGAGUGAAGUUCACACACUAUUUUCCAUUUUAUUGAUGAAUAAUGCGGUUGAAGAUAACGAUAGUGAAUCAGAGGAUUGCGUUAUAGCGUAUGCAAAUUCUCGAGCCGUCCAGGACGCUGCUAACAGGAUUCAUAAUUACUUCGAGAUAAAUAUCGUGAUAAGCUCGGAAGUGCAACUCCAGUCAAAUUUUCGGAUGUUCAGAAACACCUUCAACUGGCUUUUCAGAGAAUUAUCACCAUCACUAUCCAGUCCACGAGUAUGUGGACGUCAAACCCAGCACAAGAUGAAAAAGCAUUUAGCCGUUAUAUGGCUUCUGGCUACUCCAGACUCUUAUAGAUCGAUAGGAGACCGAUUCGAUAUGAGUAAAGCAGAUUUAUUCAAAGUAUUUGUAAAAGUAAUAACUGGUUUGAAUACAAUGGUACCACGAAUUAUUGAGUGGCCAAACGAGGCGAGGAGACGUGUGAUAGAAAGAAGUUUAGCAGGGGUAGCUGGCAUUUCAGGAGUGGUGGGCAUCAUCGAUGGCACAUAUGUAGAAAUGAAAGCCCCGCAACAACAUCCAGAAGCAUAUGUUAAUCGGAAAUGUUUCACCUUUAUGACGUUACAAGGCAUUUGUGAUCAUGAGUUACUCUUCCCUGACGUUUUCACAGGUUAUUCAAGUGCUGUGAGUGACAUUAGAAUAUUUCGAAAUUCCGAUAUCUACCCGAAAUUUCGAAACAAUCCUCAGUCCUAUUUCGAAGAUCAUCAACGCAUUCUUGGUGACAAGGCCUAUCCUAUAAAUAAGCUGUGUCUCACCCCCUACAUCGCUCAUCAUGCAUUGACUCGAUGUGAAACAAAUUUCAAUACUAAGCACGCCAAAACCAGAACAGCUAUUGAGCGUUGUUGGGCACUACUUUAUGGACGUUUCCGAUGCUUGAGCUGUCUAAAUAUGAAUCGCAUGGAUCUGGUUCCCGCGACUAUUGUAGCGUGCUGCGUGAUUCAUAAUAUAUGUCGCAUAAAUGAAGAUGAUUUGACAGAGGUUUUCGAAAUUGAGGGUCAACAGCAUUUGCAGUAUAUAAGAGAUGAUGAUGAGAUUGCUGAUGACCAUGAGCUUGACAUACUACGACAGGAAUGAAUCGUGCGCCGUGAUAACUUGGUUACAGCGCUCAAUGCAUAGACCAAUGUAUACUAUCACUACCAAAUUGUCCAAAGCAGAAUCUCCAAAGGUUUCAUCCACGAAUAACGACUAGUGUCGGCGAUGAAUUGUGUAUAGAUUACUUCACCACGUGGUGCAGGUUCUAGUUCAUGAGAAAUCAAUUCUGCACAUCCUCUUCACAGUUUCUCAUCAUCAUUUUGACACAACUGCAAGAUGGACUGCACUCAGUGGACUUCUUGAAUCCGUAAAAUCAUUUUGGAAGAAUUGAUUCAGUAGAGAAGAGGCGACAGGAGAUCAGUAUCAUUUAUAGAUUGUUCUGUGAAUAUCUAGGGAAGGAAGGAGUUUAGCAGAAUUCAACAAGACACCUUUUUUGUGGAGAAUUCUGUCGACUAUAAUGAGGUCGUUUGAUGUUGUUGGAUAAAUCCUAUAGCUUCCGAGAUAUUUGCAAAAUAGUCUGUAGAAUUUUUUUAUGAUCGCUUUCCGAGGCGUUGCUGCAACAUUGAUGCAUCGGAUAUUUGUCUCAUUUUAGUCCGUCACAUCUAUGCUUACGAGUUUGAUGUGUUAUGUUGUAUGUUACCUUCAAUCAUAUUUUGAGAGUAACUAAUUGAAUCACAAACUACGACAGUAGUUUACUAUGUGGACUACUACAUUCUUUUUUUACUAUGCAGUGAAUAUGUUCAUAAGAAAAUUAACGAGUUACAAUGGUCGGUGAAUUUGUAUUGAACUGUGUAAAUUCGUUGAAUAAGAUUUUAUGAAAUUGAAUACAUUGUUAAAAUCCC